AUGGCAUCAACACUCCGCUCGUGGCUCACUCUUGGGCUGCUGGCUCUUGCAUCCCCCCUCACGGCCGAACCUAUUCGGAAGCACCAAGGACCAGCUGCGGUUGAUGCCCGCAACCUGGCCGCUGUCGACGAGCGGGCAUUGUAUGGUGGGCUCGCGUCGGUGUGCUACACCUUCACCACAGAGUAUCUUGCCGCUCCGUUUGUAACUCCAGUUCCUGCUGGCCCAUACGGAACUGGUGGGCUCCCUGGCCCGCCGGGUCCGCCGGGUCCUCCUGGUCCUCCUGGUCCUCCUGGUCCCCCAGGCCCCCCAGGCCCUCCCGGUGCUGCGACGCCGACGACGAUUCCUGGAGCAGGCCCAAUCACAGCCACAGUGGCUGUAACUCCUGGAUCCCCAUUCAGCGUCAGCCUCGCCUCCUACCUCAGCAGCCUGGGCGACCAGAUCGUGACCUUCACGACGGAUCCACCGGUGAACUGGAUCUUCUAUGACCCAGUCACUCGAUCCUUCUACGGCGUCGUACCAGCCAAUCAACCCGCAGGCAUCAUCAGGAUUCUAGACCAGGCCCAACCCCCUACUGGUCCUUCUCCGAGCUCUUCCGUCUCUCCCAGACCUUUGCCGGUGGAGACGAUAUACGUCGGCAGCCCCUUCGCCAUCGACCUGGUGAAGUACCUACGGAAUCCCACGGAUAUCGUGAACACAAUCGGCACGAGCCCCAAUACUCCCUUCCUCAACGCCGACCUGAGCCCUUCAACCAGACAAGUUAUCGGCGUUGUGCCGGCCGAUUAUCCAAGCUUCCCGAUCACCAUUCUCGUCACUAUCACUGCCACUACUCAGGCAGGAGUCGGUAUCAAUCCCAGGCAGGUCGGUGUGGGCGUCAGCUUCACUAUACAGUUCUACAUCGUCAUUCUUGGCCCGAUCAACCCGAUCAACCCCCCUGCCAGCACUGGCACCCGCUCGUCCAUCACCAGCGGCAACCCUCAGUCUACCGGCCCCAAUGGCGGUCCGACCAACAACCCCCCAGUGCCGACCACUCCAAACUCGGGUAGUAGCACAGUAGUACCGCCUGUGCCAAGCCCAAGCAGCGGUAUCUCGAGCAGCAGCAUGGGAGAGCCGCCCGUGCCCAACCCAAGCAGUGGUAUCUCGAUUAGCAGCACAGGAGAACUGCCCGUACCAACAUCAAGCAGUGGUGACUCGAGUAGCAGCACAGGAGAGCCGCCCGUGCCCAACCCAAGCAGUGGUAUCUCGAGUAGCAGCACAGGAGAACUGCCCCCUGUUCUCAACCGGAGAGCCAUCGUCAACGAUGAGCAGCGGAGGGGACUCAUCGACUGGCUCGGCAUCGACCGGCACGGCAUCGACUGGGACAGCAUCGACUGGCACGGCAUCGACCGGUACGGCAUCGACCGGCACGGCAUCGACUGGCGCGACAUCUGGGACGUCGUCAUCUACAAGCUCUUCUCAGUCUUGCCGAAGCUCGCUUGCGUUGGGCCGGCGUACGAGGUGGUUGGAACCACUAUUUAUUCUCUCAACCUCGGUCGGAACCUCAUCAACAUAGUUAAAGGCCUCUUCGACUUGCUCACUAAUGCCGCUCUCCCUCCGGUCAAUGCCAUAGGGUAUCACCCCGUACACGACUAUGUUUACGGAAUCAGCUACACCGUCGUUCCUCAAGCCAUCAUCCGAAUAGGCGCAGGGGGUGCUACGGAAGCCGUAGGACCCAACGCCGUCAUCCCAGUGUCGACGACCACACAACCGCUGCUAAUUGGCGACAUCGAUACUAACCAGCAGUACUGGCUCGCUUACGCCGGUGGCGCUAACUGGGUCCAGGUGGAUAUGAACCUUGCCAGCGCGACCUACGGAACAGUCGUAGGAUCGGGACCCGCGACCAACUUUAGAUGGGCCGUGGGAGACUGGGCCUACAUACCUAAUUAUCCCAACAAGCUCUGGGCACUUGGCCGGGAGGUCGUUUCGAACGCCCUCGGCAUCGUCACGCAAUACAACACCCACCUGGUCUACUUCGACCUCAACACUAAAACCUGGGUUGAAGUCUUCACUUUUGAAAACACCUCCGGCGGCCUCCUUAAUCUUGUCGGUCAGGCUGCGUGGGGUGCCAUCUACAGUACCAAUGACGGCUUCAUCUACGCAACCGAGCAGAACAGCGGCGCGACGUGGCGCUUCCCCAUAAACCCCGUGCCUGGGAGCGUUGGCGUCGCACUGAACCUCGUUGGCACUCUCCCUCUUCUAGGCGCCCAGAUCGACGGUGCCAGAUGCGCCCUCAACCCCGAUAUCUUCGCGCUGUAG